UUUUCAUUGAGGUUGAAAUGCAAAAGAGUAAAUAAAUGCACCAAAUCCAAUUCCGACUGACGAGACGACGACGCCAUUUCUGACCCCUCUGUCACUCCGCCUGAUUCCUUCAUGUGCUUCUCACUCCUUCUCUUCUCUCACCACUCAUUCCCUCUCUCUCAGAUCCAAUCUCCCUCAAUUCACCCCUAAACUAAACCACACACCCCCAUUUCCUUUCAUUUUCACGUACUUUCUUUCCCCCUCAAAUCACCGAAACUUCCACUCCCCUACAUUACUCCACAACCUUAUCUAACCACCCUAUAAAGUAUAAACACCAAAUGCACUAACCAAUUCAGAUUCAUUAAUUUCACUUCAGAUGGAAGAUAUAUCAAAAUACGCUCACAGUCCUGUCCACGUCGCAGUUUUAUCCUCCGACCACGCUUCCCUCCGCCGUCUCGUUUCCGUCGUCCCUAAUCUCCCCAAACCCGGCGAAGUAACCACCGAGUCCGAAUCUCUCGCCGCCGAGAUUCAAGCCGAUAAAGUCUCAUCCGUCAUAGAUCGCCGCGAUGUCCCCGGUAGAGAAACCCCUCUCCACCUCGCCGUACGUCUUAGGGAUCCAAUCUCCGCCGAGAUUCUAAUGUCCGCCGGUGCUGAUUGGAGUCUUCAGAACGAACAAGGUUGGAGCGCUUUACAAGAAGCGGUGUGUAAUAGAGAGGAAUCGAUUGCCCUUGUUAUCGCGCGUCAUUAUCAGCCUCUUGCUUGGGCGAAAUGGUGCCGUAGGUUGCCGAGAAUUAUCGCUUCUGCUUCGAGGAUUCGUGAUUUUUAUAUGGAGAUUUCUUUUCAUUUUGAGAGUUCUGUUAUUCCGUUUAUAGGGAGGAUUGCGCCUUCUGAUACUUACCGGAUUUGGAAACGCGGUUCGAAUCUUCGUGCUGAUAUGACAUUGGCUGGUUUCGACGGGUUUCGAAUUCAACGUGCUGAUCAGAGUUUUUUGUUUCUUGGUGAGGGUUAUGCUUCGGAGGAUGGUAGUGUUAAUCUUCCAUGUGGUUCUUUGCUUGCUCUUUCUCAUAAGGAGAAGGAGAUUACCAAUGCUUUGGAGGGAGCUGGUGCUCAGCCUACGGAUGCGGAAGUUGCUCGGGAGGUUUCGAUGAUGUUUCAGACGAAUAUGUAUCGGCCGGGUAUUGAUGUUACUCAGGCGGAGCUUGUUCCGAAUUUGAAUUGGAGGCGUCAAGAGAAGACGGAGAUUGUUGGAGAUUGGAAGGCUAGGGUUUAUGAUAUGCUCAAUGUUAUGGUUAGUGUGAAAUCGAGGCGGGUUCCUGGUGCUUUGAAUGAUGAAGAGGCUUUUGCUAAUGGAGAGGGGUAUGAUGAUGUGUUGACUGCGGAGGAGAGAAUACAAUUGGAUUCCGCUUUAAGGAUGGGGAACUCUGAUGGCGUUUGCCAGGACGAGGAACCUGGAGGAGGAGAAGGAUUUGAUGGUCGCGAAAAUGUAUAUGAUAAUUCUGAAGUCAAUGGUGUGGUUAAAGGGAAGAAGGGCUGGUUUGGAUGGAACAAGAAAAGCUUGAAGAAUGGUGGUGAUGAACAUGAGGAUUCAAAGAAGUUUUCAGUGUUGGGCCAAGAAGGUAGCAACCAGAGAUCAAGUGAUCAGCAAAAUCCACAGCCUGACUUUCAGAAUGAGGAUCAUGGAGAUAAGAACUCGAAGAAGGGAAAGGAUCAAAACCAGAAAAAGAAAAAGAAGAAAGGAGCAAGUAAGGAGUCUAAGAGUGAGAGUGAGUUCAAAAGGGGUGUAAGACCUGUCCUGUGGCUGACACAAGACUUCCCUUUGAAAAUAGAUGAGCUUCUACCCUUACUUGAUAUCUUAGCAAACAAGGUGAAGGCUAUUAGGAGGCUCAGAGAACUUUUGACAACUAAACUUCCUCAAGGAACCUUUCCCGUCAAGGUAGCUAUUCCUAUAGUCCCUACUAUAAGGGUUAUUAUCACUUUUACAAAAUUUGAGGAACAUCAGACAUCAGAGGAAUUUUCAACACCACCCACUAGCCCAGGCUACUUCCAGGAUCCUAAAUCCAAGGAAUCUGAAGGGUCGACAUCCUGGAUUUCGUGGAUGAAAGGAAAUCGUGGCGUGUUAUCUAGUGACUCUGAUAGUCAUAGUCACAGUCACAGUCACAGAUAUAAGGAUGGAGUAGACCCUUUCAUUAUUCCUUCAGACUACAAAUGGGUGGAUGCAAGUGAGAGGAAGCGUCGUAUGAAGGCAAAAAGAGCCAAAAGUAAGAAAAAUAAGAAGCAGACAGCCUCUAAAGGAGGAGAUGUAGCGCAACAGGGGAGUGAUGAGGUGGGUGAAUUAAAUCAAUAGUGUGGGAUAUCUGCAUGGCUACUUUUUAUAAUUGCCGCCAGAGAGAAAGUGUAAAGACAGUAUUUUUGCACAGCUGACUAUACUUUUCACAUUGGAUGAAUUUGCCACAAAUUUACUGGGAACUUUACGCCUCUAUAUUUUUCGCCUGUUUGUUAGAUCGAAUCAUAAAGAGAGCUGUCAUCAUCUGAAAAUUGCUGUAUUGUAAUAUGAAGUGAAAAUGAAGCAGGAGUAUUCCCUUCAAUUAGUUGCAUUUGGUUUCAUUCUAA